GACGACAAGACGAUCUCAUAUUAAUGUUUGGCAAUUUGGCAGUUUAUCACUUGUUCUGUUCAGCGUCUGUGUUCCAAUUGUUCUAAAGUAGUAUUAUUUUACGUAAUAUUGUGCUGUCAGGUAAUAUUGAUCAAUUUGCAACAUAAAUCAAUAUCAGAUCAGAUUUGGGGUGUGCGAUAAAAAGUUGUAAUCCAAGUACACUACGCUACCUUCAUCCAGUUCAACUUAUUACUAGAUUCAAUAUUUGGGCUCAAUAUUCGAUGACAGAAGAUUGAUCGACAAAGACAGAGUAUUCUCGAUUGUGUUUUUAGUUUCGUCUUCUUAUCCAUCAUUAUAACAAAACUGAAAAUGUUACCAUCUUCAAAAAAUUGGAAAGCGGAGAAAGAGAGGAAGCAGGCACGAAUUAAUGCUAUGCGCGCAGAGCGAGAAGAACGCGUAAAAACUCGUGCCCAACAAAUAUCCAAAAAGGAUCCUGGUGCUGGUGGAGAUGCGGGAGCGUCGCUGUCGAUGGAUGAUGUGGAUAAAAUGCUGGGCUCUUUCAAUAUUGAUCCCGUGUCCAAAGCAAUGCACAGUUUAAACUCGAUGGUCCCGUCGCCAGACUCCAGCUUACCGCACGACGGGAAGGAUGGAUCCUUGAGGAGUGAUGAUAGUCAAAAGAAAAAAGUUAAACUCGUGGUGACCCAAGUGACCCAAACGAACAUUCCUGCCCAAGAAAAAGUUGCGUACUCUAAGGAGACGCAGACUGCGCAAAGUGGACCUGAUCAUAGGGACUCCUACUAUGAUAUGUGGCUGAAACCACGAAAAGACGAAUACAAUCUAAACCCAUCUAUUGGGAUGUUAGAAUGGGAUGACGAGUUUGCAGUAUUGGCUUUUGAUGAUGACCAUCAAGCGGACGAAGAGGACUCCUCACUCACAAUGGACCAUCGGGGGCACAAGCUUCCUCCGGGAAUAUUGCCGCACGGCUUCCCCCAAGCCGUCGACGUCCAGCCUGCCCUCACGGCCGCGGAAAAGGAGGCCAAGAAGGAGAAGGAGGAGAAAGUUGAGAAACCCAAGGACUUGAGUGACGAGGAAAAACAAGUGCUAAUCAUGUCGCAGCCCUUUCAAAGAUUUUUCGAUAAAUCGGUCCGAAUCAUGGAGCGAGCCUUGUGCGAACCACAUGCAGAUAUUUUUAUUGAUUAUUCACGAUCUGCGGAUUCAGAUGAUGCAAGUGACGAAAAGUCUGCCACGAGAUUAUCCCUCAACAGAGUAUUUUACGAUGAAAAGUGGUCUAAGAAUCGCUGCGUCACCUGUCUCGACUGGUCAGCUCAGUAUCCAGAACUUUUAGCAGCAAGUUAUUCCAACAAUGAAGAUUCGCCCCAUGAACCUGACGGCGUUUGUCUCGUGUGGAAUACAAAGUUCAACAAGACGACUCCAGAGUUUAUUUUCCAUUGUCAGUCAUCAGUUACGGCUGUGUCGUUUGCAAAAUUUCAUCCCAAUCUUGUGCUUGGUGGAACAUAUUCUGGCUCUAUUGUGCUUUGGGACAAUCGCUUAGAAAAGAGGACACCUGUCCAGCGAAGCCCAUUGACGACAAGUGCUCAUACGCAUCCUGUCUAUUGCCUUAAAGUAGUCGGUACCCAAAAUUCUCACAACGUCAUUAGUAUUUCAACGGAUGGGAAACUGUGUUCUUGGUCGUUGGACAUGUUGGCUCAACCCCAGGAAAUUUUAGAUCUUCAGCAUAAGCAGAACAAAGCGGUGGCAGCCACGUGUUUGGCAUUUCCACAAGGAAGCGUCAACAAUUUUGUGAUUGGUAGUGAAGAAGGGGCAGUUUAUACAGCUUGCCGUCACGGAACAAAAACCGGAAUUCUAGAUAGUUUUGAAGGUCAUCAUCAUGCACCAAUUACUGGAAUUCACCCUCACAAUGCUUCUGGAGCUGUAGACUUUUCUCAUUUAUACUUAACUUCUAGUUUUGAUUGGAGUGUAAAAUUAUGGAGUUUAAAGGAAACCAAACCCAUUUACUCAUUUGAAGUCGGUGGAGACUACAUUUACGACGUUGCAUGGUCCCCCAUCCAUCCCUCAGUCUUUGCCGAUGUUGACGGUGCUGGCAAGCUGAACUUGUGGAAUUUGAACAACGACACUGAACUCCCAUCUGCCACAGUGACCGUUGAUGGUCCUGCAGCCCUUAACCGAGUCUCAUGGACACAGUCUGGUCUUCAUGUCGUCGCUGCUGAUGACAUGGGCAAAAUUUCCGUGUAUGAUGUGGGCGAGCAAUUGGCCAACCCAAGACCUGAUGAAUGGACUAGAUUUUCUAAAACCCUGACCGAACUUCAGAUCAAUCAAACUGGAGAUGACUUGGAUGCUAUCACUAUGAAUUCGCGUUAAUCUUGUUUGUUUCCUUGAUUUAACUAAUUACGAAAUCCAAAUAAACUGCUAUCAAUAAUUAUAUAGUCAAA